AUGCGCAACGUUGUUCUUGCUGUGGUGAUUCGACUGGCCUACCAUCUGUUUGACAUUGAUGUGAUCCACCUUAUUAAUCAACAAGCAGUACUGGUAGUAGACGAUUUUCGAAUGUAUGGCUCUAGUGAACUUUCCAUCGGCUGUUGCGGCACAUCAACUCAAAUCAAAACUGUUGACGUGCGGCCACUCAUGGGAGUAGCCAGUAUUCAGCUGCACUCUCAGCUCUAG